AUGGACAUGGACCAUACAAAUACAUCUUUUGAUGAUAUAGAAUUUCAUGAAGAACAUGACAAUGUACAGCAAGAAUUAAAUGAAAACCAUAUUCAACCUAAGUCAAUCCCUCCAACAGUUGGAAUGGUGUUCGAAACUAUUAAUGAAGUCAAGUCAUUUUAUAGACAAUAUGCAAUAUCAAAGGGUUUUGGAAUUCGAACAAGGACUUCAAGGAAGAACAACAAGAACGAAUUAUGUUACUUCAUGAUGGUGUGUUCUAGGGCUGGAAAAUUUAUGUCCCCCAUUGACAAUCAAAUGAUUGCACGUCCAACACUGGCUAAUGAUUGUGCAGCUCGAAUGAUUGUAUCAAAAAGAGAUGAGAAGUGGUACAUUUCAGCAUUUGAUGAUGUACAUAGUCAUGAUCUUAGUCCAACAAAGUCAAGAUUGUUCCGAGGCAAUAAAAGGAUGAAUCUUAACAUUAAAAGAACACUAGACUUCAAUGAUGAAGCAGGAGUGAGGAUUAACAAGAGCUUCCGGUCCUUGGUUUGUGCUAGAAGCGGUUACGAGAACCUCGAGUUUGUCGAACACGAUGUUAGAAAUUAUGUGGCCAAACAAAGAAGAGCAUUAACAAAAGAUGGUGAUGCAAAGGCACUCUUAAACCAUUUCUCUUCCAUGAGACAAUUAAAUAAGGAUUUCUUUUUCGACAUUGAUGUUGAUGACGACAACCGUAUAUUGAAUGUGUUUUGGGCCGAUGCACGAAGUAGGGCAGCUUGUCAGUAUUUUGGUGAUGUCAUAUCUUUUGACACAACAUACUUAACAAAUAAGUACGAUAUGCCAUUUGCUCCUUUCGUUGGUGUUAACCACCAUGGGCAAUCUAUAUUGUUGGGUUGUGGUUUGUUAUGUUCAGAGGACACUGAUUCAUUUGUUUGGCUCUUUAAUUCAUGGCUUCGGUGCAUGUCCAACAUACCACCCCAAGGAAUUGUUACGGAUCAGUGCAAAGCAAUGAAGAAAGCAAUAGAAGUCGUGUUUCCUAACACUCGUCAUAGGUGGUGCUUGUGGCAUAUAAUGAAAAAAAUACCUGAGAAGUUACAAGGUUAUGCGGCUUACAAAGAUAUCAAGCGACAACUUAAGCAAGUUGUCUACAAUUCUGAUUCAGUUGAUAGUUUUGUUUAUGAAUGGGAAAGGAUGAUAACAAUUUUUUCACUACAAACGAAUGAAUGGCUUUCUUCACUUUAUGAAGAACGACAGAGGUGGGUUCCUUGUUACUUGAGAAAGACUUUUUGGGCAGGCAUGUCAACCACUCAAAGAAGCGAGAGCAUGAAUGCAUUCUUUGAUGGAUAUAUUAACUCACAAACAACUCUUCAAGAAUUUGUUAAACAAUAUGACAAUGCACUACAACACAAGACAGAAAAAGAGAGCCUAGCUGACUUCACAUCAUUAAACACAACUCUUCCAUGCGGGUCACAAUCACUCAUAGAGCGACAAUUCCAAAAGCAUUACACACAUGCUAAGUUUGCAGAAAUACAGUCUGAAUUUAGAGGUAAAAUUAAUUGUUUCGUUGAUGGUGUUGUGGUACAAGAUAAUUCAUUGUUGUACAAUGUCAUGGAAGACUCCAUUCAUAACGAAAUAAGGGAAGAGAGGGUAUUCAUGGUUACAUAUCAGCGAGACACAAUGGAUGUUAAUUGCAGUUGUUUGCUUUUUGAGUUUAGGGGCAUUAUAUGUAGACAUUCUAUAUGUGUUUUGGCACAAGAGCGAGUAACAGAGCUUCCUGCUAAGUACAUACUCACAAGAUGGUGUAAAAAUGUCCGCAGAAAGCACACGUAUAUUAGAGCAUCAUACGACAACAAGGAAAAGGAUCCCCAUAUUGAACGGUAUGAUAACUUAUGCAAGAAUUUUGGAGAUAUUGCUGAGAUUGCCUGUGAGUCAAUACACUUGACACAAUUAUUGGUUGACAACCUUAGUUCCUUUGUCAACAAGCAUGGAUUACAAAUUUCACCUUCACCAUGCGUCAACAACAAUAGCCACACACAAGAAGAACACCUACAUGAUAGUGAAAUACGCCAUGAUGUUGACACAACUAUAUACAAUGUUCAAAUCCAAAGCCCAAAAUCUGUGAAGCGAAAGGGUCGACCUAGGACAAGAAGGUUGAAAUCCACAACGGAGAGAAUAACAAGGAAGAAACCAUCAGCAAAAGCUAGUACUCUAACAUCCAUUGGUAUUGUUGAAACUAUGAUGGAGGUACCAAAUACAACAUUCAGCAACAACAUUGAUGUGACACUGAACACACAUUACACAACACCCAACUCAAUUGGACCGGCAUCAACUGUGCAAUCCUCUGGGUUCAUGUCACUGUUGACAUCAUUACACAAUGACAUGCAAAACACGCAAUCAUCCACUAGUAAUAUUGACAAUAUUGUAGAAAUAUCUUAUAUUUAUACUUUGCCAGUUAUAUCCAUUGCAAGUCUUUUGUUUUUGUACAAAUUGUCAGUGACAACCAACCACAAAUUUUGA